AUGAAAGAUAUAACAGAUUAUUCGAAAAUUAACGACAGUAUAACAUGUGGCUCAAAAGAAAAUGUAGAGAUAAAUUAUGAGUUAAGUAAUGGAAACCAGGUAAUUGUACAUAAUGAAGUGAACUAUUUUGAUGAUAAUAAUUAUAUAGGUGCACAGGAGGAAAAUGAUAUGAUAAAUGGCAAUUUAUGUUUAGAACCAAAUAUGUCAUCAGAGGAGAAUUAUUAUAAUGAUAAUGUAAAAGAUGUUAAUAAUUAUGAAUGUAUAAUUCUGGAUAAUAAAAAUAAUCGCAUUGAAAAUAUUGCUGAAGAAUAUAACAUAGAUAAUAUUGAUAAAGAAAUAUUAAUAAAUGGAAAAAACUUGUUAGGAAAAAAGGUUUAUAACUGUAUUAUUAAUGAAAAUGUAAACUCUUUAAUUAAUGUAAACAGACAAAUAAUAAACGAUAGCAAAUUGUUGAACUUAAAGAAUCUGGGGUAUGAUGUUACUUAUGCUAACAAUAGUCCAAGCAUAGCAAAUGAUGAUAUACAAAAUGUAGAGGAUAAUGAAAACCUUAAUUAUGUUAGCACCCUAUUAAAUGAAUCUACGAAUAUGUACCAUGAAGAUAAUAAUGUGCAAGUCGGAAAUAGCAGUGAUGAAGGCACUAUUAACAAUAAUAUUAAUAACGUUGACAAUAUUAGCAGUGUUAACAAUAUUAGCAGUGUUAACAAUAUUAGCAGUUGUAACAAUAUUAGCAGUGUUAACAAUAUUAGCAGUGUUAACAAUAUUAGCAGUGUUAACAAUAUUAGCAGUGCUAACAAUAUUAGCAGUGCUAACAAUAUUAGCAGUGCUAACAAUAUUAGCAGUGUUAACAAUAAUUUUAGUAGUAAUAAUGACAUAACGAACAAUAAUAUUGAGUCGUACAUAUCAGUUCUUUAUAACAGUAAUGUGGUUAGCCAAGAUAACAUAGGUAACAGCACGUUUACUGAGAAUUUAAAUUAUGUUAACAAUUACUCCAAUGUUCCUAUGGAAGGUGAUAGGGCAGUUAUAAAACAAACAGGCAGGGAGGAUGAGGAAGAUAUGGGUAAUCAGUCGGCAGAUAUAUUUAUGAAUGAUAUAAAUGAACAAACAUUUGUGGAACAGAAUGGAAGCGAUUCAAGAGACGAUAAAUUUAUGUAUUUCAAUAACAUUCCGUAUAGUAUAAAUAAUAAUAAUAAUAGUACAAAUAAUAGUACAAAUAACAGUUACACGUACACAAAUUAUAUGAAAAGUACUGCUAACCAUUUCAUCGACUCGAAUAAUGAAAAUUACAGCUAUGAAGUAGAUGCUAAAAACAAUGUGUACAUUAAUAAUUUCAUUGCUAAUUUAAACAAAUGUCCUGUGAAUACUUUAACUAAUGUGAGUAGCUGUAAUACUGUUAAGACUAACUACAAUAUUUGUAACAGUGGCAGUAGUAACAACAACAGUAGUAGCUUUAUGGGCAAUGGAAACUCCACCGUAAGUAGUAGUAACCAAGGACACCUUAUAAAUAAUAAAAGUAGCAAUGGGAGAAGUAGUUAUAAUAAGACUGUAAAAAAGUAUAGUAUGAAAAAUUGUGAAAUGAUUAACACCAACUCUACUGUUAGUGUAGAUACGGCAUUCCUGAAUAACUAUGAGGAGGAAGAGGAUGAGGAGAAACAGAGUAGUAACCAUAACAACAAUGGAAGUGGCAGUAGUGAUAGAAAUAACAGUGAAAACGACAAUGGAAAGGACAAUAGCAAUGGUAAUAACAGUAGUAAUAAGGGUGGUGGCAACAAUAAAAACAAUAAUAACAACAACAACAAUAGAAAUAACUAUGGAAGUAAUCGUAGGAACAACAAGAAGAAUGGUGGUAAUAGCAGUUGUGUCAAGAGGAAUAAUGCAAUGUGUAGAGAGAAAAAGGAACUGAUGAUAGUUGAUACAAAUUUUGACCAAAUCGGGAAUGUCCAUUUAGAAAACAAUGAUUGUCGAAAUAACACAGACAUAUUGAAUACAUUCAACGAUGAGAAUCAUGUAAAAUUAAAUAGUAACUAUAGUAGAGACGAAAAUACGAAUAAUUGUAUGAAUUUAUCAAAUUUAAAUGGUUCUGACCAUUCUAUGAUUUGUUCCAAUCCAGAUAAUAAUAGAAAAGUAGAAGUGAAGAAAGAGGACAUAAAGAAGUUUACAGAUAAUAACAGCUGCACAUAUAUGGAUUCGCGUAUAUGUAAUAAUAAUAUGAACGGAAGUUGUUAUAGGAAUUUUAUUUCCAAAUCAGAAGGGAAUGACGUGAAAAUGCACUCGAUUGCGAACGGAAGUAUCAUAACAAACUCAGAAUUAUUAACAGGUGUGGUUAGCGGUAUAAAUGAUAAUGUUGUUGACAACAGAAGCUUAAAUGGAAGUAACAACAAUAUUAGUUGUAGCAAAAAUAAUCUUGAUAUAUCGGAAAAUAUGAACAAUUCAGAAGAAAAUUUUGCCAUUUACCAACCGAAUGAAAAUGGAAUUUUUAACAGCGUAAACGUUGAUAACGGUAAUUUGAAUUAUGUAGAAGAAAAUAGUUACAGCAAUGAGGUAGAUGAGUAUAACGUCGAGGAUGAUUAUAGUUUGAACGAUUCAUACGAUAUUAAUAUGUAUAAUGGGCUAAUUGCUAACAACAGUAAUGAAAAUAGUAGUAAUAACAAUCAUAAUGUAAACCAUAAAUUAAAUGGAGGUAGCCAUUAUAAUGUUCAUAAUCAUAUAAAUAUAAAGGAUAUGAAUGUUCAUAUUAAGAAUAUGGAGAAUUUUGCAAAUGAACUGGUACCUAGUUGUAUUAUAUGCAAUCAGGAGGAAUAUCUAAAUAAAGGGCAUAUUGAUAGAGGGGAUAAUAACCAUAUAGGUAUAAAUUUGAAUAAUAAUUGUUCAGUUAAUAAUAAUACAUCACACUGUACAAAAGAAAUGAAUGAAGAAAAAUACAGUAUUUGUAAAAACGAUAUUUCAAAUAAUAACUACAACACAUUAUUACUUAUGUAUAACCAGAACAAUGAGGAAUUAAAUGAGAACGUAAGUGAGAACAUAAAUGAGGAAAUAAUUGAGGACAUAACUGAGGAUGUAAACGAGGCUAAUAAUGAAUCGAACUGUAAUAUGCAAAAUGUUGCUAUAGAUCCAAUUUAUCUUCUGGAAAAUAUGAAUAAUCAGUCAGCUAGUGGUACAAAUAAUACCAUGAUUAAUAAUUAUACGAAUUACGAGAGUGUACACCUAAUGCCAAUAGAAGAUGCAGAAUCAGAGUAUGCUAGUAAGAUGGGCUAUUAUGAAACGGUUAACGAACAGCUAAAUGACGAAAGGGACUACGACUAUUUGAGCAAUCAAGCAAACGGUAAUAACAACAACAAUAGCAAUGGAAAUGGCAAUACCAAUGACAAUAGCAAUAACUAUAGUAUUAACAACUGUAAUAAUAAUAACUACAGCAAUAUGUGCAAUAAUAAUAUCUGCAAUGAUAAAAACUGCAAUGAUAAUAACUGCAAUGAUAAUAACUGCAGUAAUAACUUCAAUGAUAAUAACUGCAAUGAUAAUAACUGCAAUGAUAAUAACUGCAGUAAUAACUUCAAUAACAGCAAUGAUCAGUGGAUGCAUCAUGUUAAAAGUUAUCCUGUCGAGGAUAGCGCGGUGCUACCAAUUAACGUAAGCAGCAGUUUUAAUUCUAGUAAUUACACAAUGCUUUCCAAUAAUAGUUUAAAUGGAGAAGCUAUAAUUCCUGCAUAUAUCAGUAACACAUAUAAUGAACCGAUGUUAAAUAAUUACAAUAGCGGUAACGAUAACAACAACAGAAGUAGCGCCAAUGGCGAUAAUAGUAAUGACAAUAAUAACAGCUUAGACAGUGAUAACCAUAAUAACAUUAACAACAUGAACAUUAGCAUGAAUAACAUGGAUAAUCCACUAAGCAAUCUGAAUAUGCUGGUAAUUCCUAAAAUAAAAGGAGUUCGUUUUGACAAAUCUGGAAGGAGAUGGGUGGCUAGCUGGAGCCAAAAUGGAAAUCAAAAAAGACAGUAUUUCCCUGUAAAAAAAUUUGGUCAAACACAAGCAAAAUAUCUAGCUAUUUAUGCCCGAAUAAAGGCUGUUAAAUUCAUGCAAAGAAAAUCUCAACGAUCGAAUGAAAAUAAGAGGGCCUAUUCAAAAAAAUCGUUAACAAGAGGUAAAGUAAAAGCAAACCCGAAUGAGGAGAACAAUAAUGAUGAUGAUAAUGAUGAUGACGAUGAUGGUGAUAAUGACAAUUACAAUUACAAUGAUCAUAUUGAAGAUUGUAUGGAUGAUAAAGACAUAUUGGAGGAAAAUAAUUCAAGUAUUCAUAGUAACUGUACAGUACCAAAUGAAGGAAUAUAUAAUGAUUGGACGGAUGAAGCAUAUUUAGCAAAUUAUGAGGAAUAUAUAAAUGAAGAGAAUGAAAAUUUUAUGCACGAUGUUGAUAUAGCGCUGGCGGCAAAUCUAGCUGCAAAUCUGUCAGUAAAUGAAAGUGGAAACAAUUUUCAAGAUGGUAGUAUUAGUAGUAAUAAUAAUAAUAAUAAUUUAAUAUAUGAUCCUGAACAUAAAGCAAUGGAAAAUGUAAUGGGUCUUCCGCAUAACAUGGAAAGUAAUGCUUGCACUUUAGGAGAAAAUGAUUUUAUCUUUAAUUAUAAUAAUAACCUUAACUGUGAUAAUAAUGUUAGUGGGUUUCCAAAUAUUGACGAUCCUAACUGUGAUUUAUAUGUUAUAAAUGGUGCAAUAGUAGGAAGAGAUCAAUUAGAAGAGCAAAUACAGCAACAGAUGGAAGAACAAAUGGAGCAGCAAAUGCAGAAUGAGGUUCAGCAGCAAAUCGAAGAAGAAAUCCAACAGCAAAUAUAUUUCCAGGUAGACAACAUAAACAACGACAUAAAUGAGGUAGAUGGGGUGGAUGAGGUGCACGAGGCAGAGGGCAUGCCUAUUUUCAAUUCUCAUAAUGCGGAACAUGAAAAAUUUAUAAUAGACAACAACAACAACAGCAGCAACAACAAUAUUAUUGUAAAGAAUGAUACGGGAGAAUAUAAUACAGCACAGUUGAGUAAUGUGUAUAAAAAUGAAAUAGGAAAUUUGGAAAGGAAUGAAAAUGUAAAUGGACAAAUAAACAAUUUUAUUCAUCGUGAUAAUCAAACCAUGAUGAACCUUCAAGAUAUAAAAGAUAAUAGAUUAUGUGAAUAUAAAAUAAAAAAAGAAGGGGAUGAACAAAGUAAUAUACACAAAAGGUAUAGCGUAAAAGAAGAACAAGACAAGCAUAAGAAGCAGAGGGGAAGACGUCUUAAGGGGUAUAUUAAGAGGGAAAAAGGCAUAUAUAGUUGUGUACAAGGAGAGCAAGAUGCAGGUGCAGAGAAGGAGCCAAACGAAGAAAAAGGAAUGUAUGUGAAGAAAAAGGAAGAACAAAUAGAAGGUCCACAAACUACGGAGGAACAAAACAAUCAAUGGAAAGAAGGAGAUACCGCAAGGGAAAACUAUGAUGGACCUGAGAUAAAUUGUGGAGAGAAUAAUCAGCAGAACGGCUCAUUCGAAAUAAAUAUGAGUAGCCAAAAUGAUGUAAUAGUAAACUUUCACUUAGAUACUGCAGAUGAAUUGUGUGAUGUAAAGGAAAAUUUGCAAAACAGAAAUGAUAUAGACGAGGAUUUAGCUAAGCUUAUAUUAAGAAUAGAGAGAUUAAAGAGGAGAACGAUAAACAUUAUAGUGGAUUCAAAUGAACAACUGAGUGUGCAGUUAAUUGAGGGACAAACUGAAAUCAAUGGCAGAAUGGAUAAAAUAAAGAAGCUCCAGUUAAAUGAAAAAGUAGCACUGUAUCAUCAAUUAAAAAAGUACUACGUUAGGGAGGACUAUAUAAUUUAUCAAAGUGGAAAUAUCAUUUCAGCGCGAAAUGGUAGUAGUAGCAAUAGGGGUAGCAGUAAUGGGGGUAAUAACUUAAGAAAUGUCCAAGGUGGCAGUGAGAACAUGACAAAUGAUAGUGUAAUGGAAGAGAAUGAAAACAAAGUAUUACACAUCAUGGAGAGAGAACAAUUUAUAGAAAAUGGUAACAAUAAUAAUAAUAUACAAGAAAUAAAACAUAAAAUUAGAAAAACAAGUGAUAGUAGUAGAAAGGAACAUUCGCAAUUUAUAAAACUAGAGAAGAACUCAAGUAAUAAUGGAAGUAAGGAAAACAAAUUUAUACAUGUAAUAAACGGCGAUACAAAAGCAGUCCAUGGGAAUGGUAGAAAUAGUAGUAAAGAAAAUGGCAAAGACAGUGGUAAAUGUGAUAACAGUCGAGAUGCUAACUAUCUUUCAAGUGAAAAUAAUAAUGAAAUUACUUUAAAAGGAGAAUUGGAUGUUAAUUUAAACUCGAAUAUGUAUGUAACUAGUAGGGACGAAAAUGAUUUGCAAAUCAAAAACGAGGCUGUAAAUUUCAUUAAGGCAAGUUCAGAGAUAAAUACAAAUAAGAGAAGAUGUAGAAGUACAAGUAGUAGUGAUUUCAACAGAAAUAUGUAUAAUACGAAAUAUUCUAACGCUGAAGGUAUUAAAAAGCAAAGAAGCUUAGAGACUGUGGAAGAAUCACAAACGUGUAGCUACGUAGAUAAAAACAUGUUGAAGAGUAUAAUGAGCAGUAAUAAUAAUAGCAGCUAUAUCAACAGAAACUACAACAAUAAUAAUACUUGGGCAAAUAUAGCGGAUGAUAGAAACUUAAAUAGAUCUUCCGAAAUAGUAAAUGAAACCGCUGGUAAUAAUAAAUUGGCUGUUUCACAUUGUUCCCAACAAAGUGAUAGCUCAUUUGAUAAUAUGAACAUAUUGAUCAGUAAGCCCGGACUCGACAAUACUUCGUCCACCACUGCCACGAUUGCUGCUACAGUACCAUCCGUACAUGCGUCUGAUAAUUGUAGUAAUAGCGGAAGCAAUAAUAGCGGCAGUGGUAAUAUAAGCUGUAGUAGCGGUAACACAAAUGUCUACAGGGAGAUAACCAGUUCAGGUAUACUAUGCGCGAGUGGAGAUCGAGUGGAAGAUAUUUAUAUUAGAUAUCGUUCAACUAGUGUAAACAGAGAUAAUAUUCAUAAUAAAAAAGAUAAUGAAAAGAAUAUGAAUUAUGCAACAGGAAACAAUUUAAAUGAAAUGAAUCAUAAUCGAAGGAACAUGGAUAACAGAGUUAACAAUGAAAAUUUUGAAAAUUGCAUUUUGAAUCCAAACGAUGGUAAUAAAGUGAAUGGUGAUGAGGAUAAUGAAAAGAAUCUAUUAACCUUAGUACGAAGCAGCAUUGAUAAUAAUACAUCAAAUGGUUCACGUAAUAAUAUUAUACCUAACAGAAAUAAUAGCAUGGAUGAAGGAGAUAUGGUAAAUAAUAAAAAUAAAAGAAAAAUGGUCCACGUAAAUUCGUGUACAAAUAAUGGAAGUAAUAUGAUUGAAAAUUAUGGAUAUGGAAAUGGGUUGAAAGGAGAACAAAAUCAACGUAUCUAUAGUAAUGGUGUAGUGUUAGGUAAUAUUAAUAAUAAUAAUUAUUAUGAUGAUAAUGAUGACAAUUAUGGUGCUUCUGCAAAAUUACCAUAUAUACCGGAGAAUACUAGUUACGACUCUGAUAAUUUUAUGGUAUAUAAGGAUAAUCAAAGUUUCAACAAUAUUAGUAGUGUAGUUUAUGAUAUGAAUCAAAAAGAUAACAACGAUUUUGACAAUUCCACAUUUAUACAUUCUAAUAAUCACCUAGGUGAAUACAAUCAUAUUAACAGUAUCCUGGCGAGGGUGAACCCCAGCUCUGACAAUGAAGAAAUUGACGAUAAAGAAGUGGAAGAGGUGAAUGGUAAAGAAGUUGAUAGUGAAGUAGUUGACUAUAACGAUGACAAUAACACCAGUAACAGCACCCCGCAUCAUCAGGACUAUGCAAACCCCUUGAAUUACGCUUUUAAUAAUAUGAAUAGCAAUUUUCAUAACAUCGUAAAUAACACGUUUAUAGAUAACAAGGAAAAUAACAUCAAUAGAGAUAUUUUAAACCAAUGUAAUAUAGGAACAAAUUAUAAUUUAAGCUACUUGAAUAACAAUAGUAAUGGCAAUUUUGUAGACUGUAAUAAUAUUAAUAAUAAUAAUAAUGUUGAUGAUGUUGCAUAUGCUGAACUGUAUGAAUACCACGAGGAUGAUGAAAUAGUGAAUCAAGUUCUAGAUGAAGUGGUAGAUGAUGUAGUAGAUGAUGUAGUAGAUGAAAUUAUAGGAGAAGGAGAAAAUUGUGAAAAUGGACCAAGAGAAUAUAUAAUGAAUGCAUCCCCUUUAGCUACAUUGGAUACAAAUGAUUAUAAUGCAUUUCAUUUGAGAAAUUUUUUGUAUGGGCAGAAUACACCUUGUAAUACUGAUAAUGCAGGUGAUAACUGUAACUAUGAGCACAGGAAUAUUAACAUCGAAAUGUAUAGUAGCAAUAAUAAUAACAUCAGUAGCGUUAGCAACGUUAGAAGUGUUAAUAACAUUAAUCAUAUAAGUAAUAAUAAUCACGUUAAAAGGGGCGCUAAUAAUGGCAAUAGUAAUGGAAAUAUUGAUGGAAGUAAUGGUGGAAGUAAUGGUGGAAAUAGUGGUAGAAGUAAUGGUGGAAGUAGUGGUGGAAAUAGUGGUAGAAGUAAUGGUAGAAGUAAUGGUGGAAGUAAUGGUGGAAAUAGUGGUAGAAGUAAUAAUAACAGGGCAAAUUCUACCAUGAACGUUAUCUAUGAUAACAAUUUCGCCUUUAUGAACGGGGAAUACAUAGGUGCGCGAAAUACGACAGAUAAUAAUAUAGUAACUGAGGAUAACGUAGAUAUCGAUGUGGACAAUACGGAUAUAUUAUACUCUGAUAAUAACGUAAAUGUUUUUAAUAUUAUUCAUUCGACUAACAGUUCGAACUGUUAUAAUUAUGGUACUAAUAACAAGAAUAAUACUUACAGCAUUAUGAAUAACACGAAUGGCACGACUAACACGAAUAGCACUACUAACUCUGCCAACACGAACAGUAUAAAUAACGUUUACAGUAUGCACUACAACAAUUUUAGUACUCAUAACAAUACUGACUACUUAAGCGAAAAAGACAACAUUGUAGACUCAUCAGAUGCCUUCGUUUUUAUGAACGAUGUGAAUAAUUUCACACAAGAUCAUAUUUCAAAUGAAAAUAUGCAAAGCCAAAUGACACAGGAUAACAGCAGAGUGCUAAAAAAUUAUAAUAUAUGUAAUGAUUAUUAUAAUAAUGAUAAGAAUAAAAAUAACAUAAAUACUAAUUGUAAUGCAAAUUAUGCAAAUGGUGCUUACAAUAAUUAUAUCUAUAUGUAA